UUUGACAGCGAAAUGGGAAAGUUAUCAAAGCAUGUUGGAGUGUUGGGCAUUGUUUUGAUAAUGGUUGCAGUUGUUGUCGGGAUAGGGGACGGGCGGCGAUAUGAGAAAGACAACUUUGGUGGUGGUCUAGGGGGUGGUGCAGGUGCUGGUGGAGGGUUUGGUAAGGGUGGUGGAAUUGGUGUUGGGUCUGGGGGUGGCAUUGGUGGUGGUGGUGGUGGUGGUGGAGGUGGAGGUGGAGGUGGAGGUCUAGGUGGUGGUGCUGGUGCAGGGGGAGGACUUGGUGGUGGCGGUGGUGCCGGAGGAGGACUUGGGGGUGGCGCUGGUGCAGGGGGUGGACUUGGUGGUGGUGCUGGUGGAGGGGGUGGACUUGGUGGUGGUGCUGGUGGAGGUGCUGGAGGUGGUGCCGGAGGAGGACUAGGAGGUGGGGAUGGUGCAGGAGGUGGACUUGGAGGAGGAGCCGGUGCUGGUGGAGGUUUUGGAGGUGGAGUAGGUGGGGGAAUUGGUGGUGGUGGCCAUUAGAAUUAAA